AUGAGAACUAAGGAAGAGAGGUUUGGAUUAGAGGAGGGAGAGAGAACUAAGGAAGAGAGAGCGUCAGUGACGACGUUCACUCGUGGAGGUCACGGGUACGCGGAGGAGGAGGGGCUGUCGUCCAUGGCGUCCCCCCACCACGCUGGCUAUGACGACGGAGCACAGCUUCACCACAUGGACUCCGCCCAGCAACCAGACAUGUCUGGAGCUCCUGGGAUAAGGCACCAGGCACCGUCGGAGGCGAUGAAUCCCCAGCUGUUGAUGGCACAGUCCGCUCUCCGUGGCAACAUCGAGGAGGGUAUGGCCGUUGCCAAGGAGACGGAGGACAAUCUCUACAGUGCGGCUUCCCUGCCUCCUCUCGGCAGUGACAGUGCCUCAGUCAAGUGGAAGCAGACAACACUGGAUGUCUCCAAGCAGAACGUUUCCUCGGCGCUGGCGGCCAUGUUGGCUGCCACGGCUCAGAUCAUUACUCUGACUGGAGGAGAACCCACAGAUACCAACUACACCGCACUCGGUUCAGCCAUCACCACCAUAUCCACCAACCUGAACGAGCUGGCCAAGGCCGUGAGGUUGUUGGCGGCUCUCGACGUGGAGGGAAUGACACCAGACGACCUCCUGCGAGCUGCUCGAGCCCUAGCCAAUGCCACUGCCGGUCUCCUCAACGCCUCAAGUCCUGAACACCUUGAGAACCGGACCCAGCUCCUGGCUGCAGCAGGCGAGAUGGGAGCUCACGGAGGUUACCUCCUCUCUCUGGCCGGAGACUCCGAGGUCGACCCCAAGAUACAGGAGGCCCUCGUUGCCAUGGCGAAGGGUGUCGCCAGCGCAACCGCUGCCCUGGUUACCAACGCCAGGAACGUGGCGGCUCACUGCGAGGACCAGGGCCUCCAGAACCAGGUGAUAAUGGCAGCGAAGCAGACAGCACUGGCCACCCAGGCUCUCAUUGCCUGCACCAAGGUCCUGGCUCCCUGCAUCGACUCCCCGCUCUGUCAGGAGCAGCUCAUCGACGCCUGUAAACUCGUCGCAGCCGCCGUGGAGAAGAUUGUCAUUGCAGCUCAGGCUGCAUGUGGGGAUGACGACGCCCUGCGUGACCUCGGAGCCGCGGCGACUGCCGUGACGGAGGCCCUCAACAAUCUCAUCCACGGAAUCAAGGAAGACAUAAGGAAUGCCGAGGGUGAUAAGUACGACGACGCAGUAGAGGCCAUCUUGGCCGCCACUGAAAGGCUCUUCAGUUCAAUGGGAAAUGCCCAGGAGAUGGUGCGACAGGCAAAGCUACUAGCUGAAGCCACGGCAUCUCUAAUUAAUGCCAUCAAGAGAGAGGCUGAGGCUGAGACAGACCCUGACGCCAGGAAGAAGCUGCUCGACGCUGCCAGGGCCCUCGCUGACGCCACGGCGUUCAUGGUGGAGGCAGCAAAAGUUGCCGCUCGCAACCCACACGACGAACAGGCCCAGGAGAACUUGCGGAGGGCCGCUGAGCAGCUCAGAGCCGUCACUAACGCAGCUGCCUCAAACGCUAUCAAGAAAAAGGCUAUCAAGAAGCUCGAGGUUGCAGCGAAGCAGGCAGCUGCAGUGUCGACGCAGUGUAUCGCCGCGGCGCAGGGAGCAGCUGCCUCAAACAGAAACGAGGCCUCUCAAGCACAGCUCAUCAACCACUGCAAGGCCGUGGCGGAACAGAUAUCGUCCCUGGUGCAGAGGGUGCGGACCAGCAUGAGCAACCCUGACUCACCCAGUGCUCAGCUUGGCCUGAUCAACUCCUCCCAGGCCAUGAUACCUCCUGCAGGGAAGAUGGUUGCCGCGGCAAAGGCUGCCGUCCCGACAGUAGGAGACCAGGCAGCUGCUCUCCAGCUGGGUAACUUUGCGAAGGCCACAGCCAGUGCUCUGGCUGAGCUCAGAGCUGCCUCUACCAAGGCGGCUGAUGUGUGUGGCAGUCUCGAGAUCGACAGUGCCAUCGACACAGUGAAGGGACUGUCGAUGGAGCUGGCCGAGGCCAAGAGAGAAGCCCAUCAGGGGAAGCUGGUCCCUCUUCCCGGAGAGAGCGUAGAGAGCUGUGCCCUGGAGCUCGGGGCCACCUCCAAGACUGUCGGCUCCUCCAUGGCUCAGCUGCUCACCGCUGCCAAUCAGGGUAAUGACAACUACACAGGAAUAGCGGCGCGGGACACGGCGAAUGCCCUGAGGGUGCUGGCAGGAGCAGUGAGGGGCGUGGCAGCUGGCACCAAGAACCCUCGGACCCAGGAAUAUAUCCUGACCACCGCCCAAACUGUGAUGGACCAGAGUGUGGCGCUGAUCCAAGAAGCCAAGAUGGCCGUCGAAGACCCAACAGCUCCCAAUAAACAGAUGAGACUGGCACAGGCCGCCAAGGCAGUCUCCCAGGCCCUCAACCAGGUGGUGAACUGUUUGCCAGGACAGAUAGAGUUUGACCAGGCAAUCAAGGCCAUUGCUCAAGCCAGCCUUGCUCUACAGAGGCAACAGUUCCCGAGUGCUGGAGAAGCCAGCUACCAGACCCUCCAGAGCAAUCUCAGUUCAUGUGCAGCUGCCCUCAACGUGGCAGGUAGUGAGGUGAUGACAGCUGCCAAGAGCACCCCUGAGCACCAGGCUGAGGCCUCGUCCAAGUUCUCAAAGACGUUCAGUGAGAUGCUGACUGCCGGUCUCACCCUCGCUGGAGCCUCAAAGGACCCGGAGAGCAGGAACGCGAUGCUGGGGUACCUGCGGACCAUCUCUGUCUCCUCCACCAAGCUUCUCCUGGCAGCCAAGGCCCUCUCCGCCGACCCUAAUGCCCCCAACGUCAUGAACCAGCUUGCAGCUGCCUGCCGUGCCGUCACUGACGCCAUCAACAGUCUCUUGGACCUGUGCUCCACCUCAGGACCAGGACAGAAGGAGUGUGACAAUGCUCUCAGGAAUAUCGAGGCUGUGGCCCCUGUACUUGCCAACCCUAACGAACCUGUCAGCGAUCUCUCCUAUUUUGACUGUCUCGACGUUGUCAUGGAGAAAUCACGAACUCUCGGACAAGACGCGGCAACCAUCACAACCUCUGCUAAGAACUCGUCGUACGAUGAAUUCAGUCGCUCGGUGGAGAGCGCGUCACAGGCAGUCUGUCAGCUAACAGAGGCUGCGGCCCAAGCAGCAUACCUGGUUGGUAUUGCAGACCCAAGCAGCACCGCGGCGACGCCGGGACUCGUUGACCAGGCCCAGUUUGCGAGGGCCAACCAAGCCGUCUCCACUGCCUGCCAAAACCUCCUCAACCCUGCCUCCAAUCAGCAACAGGUGUUGGCAGCGGCAACGGUGAUUGCGAAACACACCAGUGUUCUAUGCAAUGCCUGCAAGGUGGCGUCGUCCAAGACCAGCAACCCUGUUGCCAAGAGACACUUUGUGCAGGCCGCCAAGGAGGUUGCCAAUAGCACCGCCAACCUCGUUAAGAACAUCAAGGCUCUGGCAGGGGAUCUGUCUGACAGGAACCGAGAGGCGUGCGCGGAGACGACGAAACCUCUCCAGGAGGCCGUGGAGGCCCUGACGACGUUUGCCUCCUCCCCCCAGUUUGCCUCCACUCCCGCCAAGAUCAGCGCACAGGCCAGGACUGCCCAACAACCAAUCCUUGAGGCUGGAAACAACGUCAUCAAGUCCUCCAGCAGUCUGCUGACAUCGGCCAAGAACCUGGCGAUGAACCCCCGUGACCCCCCGACCUGGCAGCUGCUCACCUCUCACUCCAAGGCCCUCGCCGAUGCCAUGAAGAACCUCCUCAUGGCUAUCAGGGAGGGUUGUCCUGGUCAGAAGGAGUGCGAUCAGGCAUUGACAAACUGAACACCACCAUGACCCAGCUGAACCAGGCCGUCCUGGCCGCCAUGUCACAGCAGCUGCAGCCUUCUGCUGCCUCCACUCUCCAGGGAUUCCAGGAGCAAAUGUUGCAGACGGUGGCAGACAUUGGAGACAGUGUGAAGCCUCUCAGUAAUGCAGCUCAGGGGGAGGCCGAGAAGCUAGGACACGAGGUAACUCUGAUGUCAAAUCUCUUCCCAGCUUUGGCAGGAGCCGCCAUUGGCGCGGCCUCCAAGACCAACAGCUCACAGAUGCAGACCCGCCUUCUUGAGCAGAGCAAGACGCUCACCGAGUCCGCCCUCCAG